AUGCAAGUAGAUAGGGAUAGUCAGGUGAUAAUACUUCCUCGAUCAAGCACUGUUGAACUGUCUAGGGAGUACAAAAUAAUAAACCUACCUGUAACAUUGUCAUCCGCCGCAUCGACACCAACGAAAUCAUAUUUGAUACAGGACUCCGAAAUAUAUGAGCUAAACGUGAUCAAAGGUGAUAACUCCAAUUCUAAGUUGAAAUUGGGCGAUGCUGUGAAAUCAUUCAUAUUUGAACCCAUACCUGAAUCUAUAGAGACCAACGAAGAGUCCAGCACAGAUGGUGCUCCUCAAGGCGCCGUAUUACAAUCAUGUCAUACUAUAGUUACAUCUCCUUACAACUUCACAUACUUGUUAGCUACUAUAUUUGAAAAGCAUGGUGAUAAAUUUAGUCGAUUUCAUACAUUGGAUGAUAUUAGAGAUACUUUACUGAGUUUGGAAUUAGGUCAUGAUUGGGUUUAUGAUAUACCUCGUGCUGUGUUUAUGAAAAGUUUAGCUAACAUCUGUGAAUCGAUAGCUGAAGGGGGUAGUGAAGAAAAGGACCUAAAAGAGGGGAAUGAAGAUAUUGGGGAUCGAUUUUAUAAGUAUUCUCCCGACAAGAGUAUUGCAUGGGUGAAUUCAAAAGUACUAGCAUUAAAACAAUGGAUACUUCAUCUGGAUGAUAAUAGAAAAACAACAAAUAGCAUAGUGAGCAAAAUCAAGAAGGAACUACAUGAUCCAACCGGGACUGAUGAUCCGUCAAAUGUUCAAAAUGAAACCCAGCACGAGCUAACUAAUCAAAUGGCCUUACUUUAUGCAAUUGACUAUAUAUGUGAUUCGUAUGUCCCCAUCAUAAAACCAAAACUCAUUUCCCAUUUUGAUUACAAUUUUACUCAAGUUGACGAUUAUUUAACCAACUUGGAACAAAAGCAGAAAAACUUGGAAGUUGUUGAAGCAAAUAUGAAUGAAGUGAUUACGACGACUGCAAACACCACCAAAGCAUCAGUAGCUGCGAAAAAGAAUGGUAAAAAGAAACCGGUCAAGAAAGUUGCAGUUGGGAAAGGAGCUCUUGAUGGAUUCUUCAAAAAAGCAUAA